AUGGUAACUCGUAGGCAGCGUCCGUUAGGACUAGAGUAUAGACUGAGGAGUGCUCUCUUGGUAGCAUGCAGAGAGGAGCGACCUGCCCCACGAGCCCCUGGUACACAGGAUAUUCCACCUCCUUCUUCUGAUAUUCUAGAGUCUUCCUCCAAACCGUCUACUUCAGCUCCUUCUGGGUCUUCUUCAACUAUUUUAGGAGUCUCCCCUAUUGAGUUUAUAGAGCUGCAGCUUAGAAGCCAUUUUAACAUCCCUCUAGCGGAUGAUCCAGCUGACCCUUCUUUUCCGACUGAGCAUCCUUCACCAGAGCAGCCUGACGAGCCUCCUACCGACGCUGUUCCUGCUGACCCACCAGCUCCUGUAGGUGACACUACUUCCGACCCUCAGCGAGCAGCCACUCCUCCACCACAAACUAGCCAGUGCCCUGAUAUCCCUGAUGAUGCACCUCCUUUCUCUCCGGAGCCAUAUUCAAGGCAGUAUUAG